AUGCCGUUCCUGGCUGUGAAGUUCAACCUGCAGAAGCGGGUGAAGCUGGCUCAGGGUCUGUGGUUGCUUUACUGGCUCUCUGUCAUUGUGGGAAUCACAAUUUUCAGCCUCGGCAUCUUCUUCAAGAUUGAGCUGAAGAAGAGGAGCGAGGUCAUGGACGACAGUGAGAACCACUUGGUUCCAAACUUAUUAAUCCUGGUGGGCAUUUUGGCCUGUGGCCUGAAUGCCUUUGGGGGGAAGAUGUGCCACGAUUGUCUUGACCCCAUGAAGUUCUCCAAAAUGAAACCAAUGCUGAAGCCCUUCAUGCUGAUGAGCUGUGGCUUCAACGUUUUGCUGCUGCUCGUGGCACUGCUCUGCUUCCUCAUGCAGUUCUCUGUGUACCUGACACUGGCUGAGGGCCUGAGGAAUGCCAUCCGCUUCUACAAAGACACGGACACGCCAGGACGCUGCUUCAUGAAGAGGACGUUGGACAUGACACAAAUCGAAUUCCGCUGCUGUGGAAACAACAACUUCAGGGACUGGUUUGAGGUGCAGUGGAUCAGCAACCGGUACCUGGACAUGAACAACGAUGUGGUCAAAGAUCGUGUUAUGAGCAACGUGGAGGGGAAGUAUAUAAUGGACAGCGUACCAUUCAGCUGCUGUAAUCCUGGGUCCCCGCGGCCCUGCAUCCAGCAUCACCUGACCAAUAACUCUGCCCACUAUGAUUACGACCACCGCACAGAGGAGCUGAACAUCUGGAACAGGGGCUGCCGCGAGGCAGUCUUCUCCUACUACAGCAGCAUCAUGUCCGGCAUUGGAGCGCUCACCUUCAUUUUCAUUGUCCUGGAGUCAGCAGAUGUGGCGGGCCUGAAGUACCUGAGCACCACUCUGGAAACGAUGGCGGACCCUGAGAACCCUGAAUGUGAGAGUGAAGGCUGGCUGCUGGAGAAAGGUGUCAAAGAGACCUUCACUGACGUGCUUGGCAAGCUCAAAAUACUAGGGAGGGGUACUCAGGUGCAAGAGGGCGGAGACGCCCCCGAGGCCGCCACCUGAAAACCCCACCCACUGCAAAGGACCAAGCCCCGCCCAACCUCCACAGCAAACAAUUUUACAAACUGAGAUCGGAGCAGCAGCAUGGAUCCAAGUUCAGUACUGAUGACACAAAUCCCCACACACUCAUUUACACACUCCCACUCACAUGCACACAUACACACACCUAUGGUGAAGGUGGAUAUUUUCCAGUUUGUAAAUAUGUUGAAAAUAUUUUAUUUUGAAGCAGGAACAACAGAAACUGGUUGCUGUUAAUAAAUCUCAUGGUCUUGAUGUGACCUGAACCCGACCAGUUGAACGCAGCACAGAUCAGCUGACCUCAGACACAUCUGACAACCCGAACGGCACAGUUCUUUAGCUUGUCCUACAGAGCGUGCACAUUUCACCAUUGAAGAACUUUUUGCCAAAUGUGUUUGUUUACGUUCAGAUUUUUGUUUGUGUAACUUUGACAUUUAAUAUCGAUCAAGUUCUGGUCUCCACCAUCACGUCAAACAACUGUUGUGGCUGGUUACCAUGGAAACAUAUGGCUAAACUCCCAGCGGCCACCUGUGUUAAGCAGCAGGUAAACGUGUACAUUUGUAUGCAUAUUCAUGCGCAAAUCUGUACGCACAACUGUGUGCACAUGUGUAGGCGUACCUGUACAGAAGUCUGUACAUACACCUGUACGCAUUUCUGUGUGCACACCUGUAUUCACACCAGCAAACUCACCUGUACACACACAACUCACCUGUACACACACCUGCAUUGUUCUAGAAAAAUACACACAAGUUUACUAGUGCCAGACACAAAAUAUAUAAAUGAACAUGUAAUAUGGAAUUAUGUGCAGAAAUAUGUGUCAGGUGUGUUAACAGGUGUGCAGACAGCUGUGUAGACAGAUUGGUUAACACGUGUGUAAACCGAUGUCUAUAUACAGUAGGUGUGUAAAUUAGGUGUGUGAAAAAGGUGCAUAAGUUACAGACCGGUGAGUAAACUGGUUUGUAAACAGGUGUGUAGACUGGUGUGCAUACUACAAACCUGUUUGUAAACAGACAUAUAAACAAAUGUGUAUCUUGUGUGCAGACAACAGACAAGCGUGCAAUAGGUGUGUAAACAGGUGUGUCACGGGUGUGUCGCAAGUGUGUAAGCCAGCGUUUAUUACACAUGUAAAAAGGUAUUUAAAACAGGUGUUCAGUCUACACACGUGUAUUAACAGGUUUCUAAAUAGGUUUGUAAACAGAUGCGUAAAAAGGUGUGUACGUGUUAGACAACAGAAAGUUGUGUAAAAAGGGGUGUAAAAAAGUAUUUGUAAAACAGAUGUGUGUAAACAUGCAUCACAACUUUAAGCAGGUGUACAGACUGUGAAACUGGUGUGUAAAACAGGUGUGUAACAGCUGUGCAAUGAGUUGUGUAUCAGGUGUGUAACAUGGCAGUACUGACAGAAAGUCUGUAACAGGAAUUAGAAGGUGGAACCUUUUGGAUGGGUUGUUUUCAUUGACAUAAACAGAAUAUGCAGCUGGACAUAAAAAACAUCUGGAAUAAUUUAUUUCUCUUUCACACGUUUUUUAUUGAUCUGAGCCUGUCAAACUGUUUCUG